ACUGAAUCCUCUGACCUUCUGUCUGCAGGAGAUCAUACUGAAGCGAGCCGCCGACAUCGCUGAGGCUCUCUACAGCGUUCCCAGGAACCACAACCAGAUCCCGUCGCUUGGUAACACCGCCUCCCAUGGCAUGAUGGGAGUCAACUCCUUCAGCGGGCAGCUGGCCGUCAACGUGUCCGACACGACGCAAGGUUACAGUCGUAACACCAGCAGCGUGUCGCCGCGGGGAUACGCGCCGAGCUCCACCCCCCAACAGAGUAACUACGGCAACACCGUCAGCAACAGCAUGAACGGCUAUGGCAACACCGGCAUGCCAAACUUAGGAGUGGCAACUUCCCCAGGCUUCCUCAACGGCUCAUCUGCCAACUCUCCCUACGGCAGUAAGUAUCAAGUUGUCCCCUCCAGUCCCACCAUGGCCGUGUCCAACUGUAACUCCUCCCACGGAGUCUUCUCCUUCUCGGCUGCUGUCAAACAGAAGAGCGCCUUCGCUCCCGUUGUUCGACCGCCGGCUUCACCGCCUCCUCCGCCCAACUGCUCCGGAAACAACGCCAAUGGGCUGCAAG